AUGUUGUUAUGUUGGAAAGGUCUUAAAACCCAAACCUCUAACCUGCCCAGAGUCCGGAAUGAGGGUUACUCUGGCGUGAACAUUGUGCGAGGGAACAACAUUGGCAUCUACAACUUCUACGUCGACGGUCACGUAGGCAACAGUAUGAUGGCGAUACAUGACCACCCCGACUUUGACAGGACCAUCGGCCAAGGUGAAUUUGUGGCCGUUCUGAACGGAGUGUCUUUCAGAACCCGCCACAACGACUACCGCCUGGUGAUGGCCUCGCCAAACUCCACGGAGAAACACGCCGUGGAGGACAUCCCCUUCCCGGAAGUGCCCCCGGAGGUCAUGAGCAAACUGUUAGUUAAGGACCAAAUCGCUGAGAUGAAGGAAUGGUUCAAAGCCUUCGCGGAGCAGAACCACACAGUGAGAGACUACAGGAAGUAUUUCAAGCCCGUGCUCUGUUAUCUAGAGGGCACCUGGAACACCAGCGACAAGUUUGACGAACCUUUCAAGAGCGACAGACAUGCCCUGGACGCGAGUUCCUGGGAAGAACUCACUGGCAAG